CUAUCCCUCACAGUUCUCCUGUCAACAAACUUCACUCUCUUUAAUUCUAGCUAAUCUCUCCAGUUGCACUUGUUACAGCUCCUUUCUACUACCUUCUCCACAAGUAACAAGAUUUUUUCGACCUAAGACAACAAUGUCCAGCUUCAUGAAGGUCUUUCUGCUCCUGGCUGUCAUGCUCUGCAUGUCUAAAGCCCAACAGGGCCAUCAAUCAGGAAAGCAGUGUCUGUGUCAACGUGUCAAUAAUAGAAUUGGCUCAAAGACUGACAUAAAGGACAUCCAGAUCUACCCAGCAACCGUCUUCUGUAACAAUGUGGAGAUUGUUGUCACCAACAACAGCGGCCUUCGCUACUGCCUGGACCCCAAGCUGAGGGCAGUGCAAAAAGUCAUGGCAUCCAUCAUGAAACCAAAAACCUCCACUACAGCCAGACCAACUGAGACCACUUCCACCUCAGGCACCACCAACACAGCUCGCAUCUGACUCUUUAGCUGCUUGGAUCAAUAAGAAGCUGAUGAUGACCUCCGACCCCAAACAAAGGCACCUUCAAUUAAUGUAGAUGUGAAAUGAAUGAAACGUUUUGUCUAUUUAUCUUCUAUUUAUGCUGAUGUGCACUUACAGCAUAUUUCCGUUCUAUUUUAUUUCUUCUAAUCUGUUUUUGUAAAUAUGUAUAUAUUAUAGACCAAGUUUUCUGCAUGUUGGUCAUUUCUUUGUUUUUAAUAAUAAAAAGAAAUCAAGGAAGCAUUGA